AUGGAGUUUCUGACUGGACCCUGGAAUAAGGAUUGGACUUCAUUCUUACAAUUUUGGUUGACUGUAAUACUAAGCCUUCAAAUGCAAUUCAGUCCAGGUGCCUCUUGCCCAGAAGAGUGUCGUUGUGACAAAUUAUUUGUGUACUGCAACGAACGCAGCUUGACAUCUGUGCCUCUGGGGAUACAGGAGGGCUACAAGGUUCUCUAUCUGCAUAACAACCAGAUCAACAAUGCUGGCUUUCCUUUGGAACUUCACAAUCUUGCCUCUGUGGAGACUGUGUAUCUGUACGGCAACCAGCUUGAUGAAUUUCCCAUCAAUCUGCCUAAAAACACCAGAGUACUGCAUCUACAGGAGAACAAUAUUCAAACAAUCUCCAGGGCAGCCCUAGCACAGUUGACUCGAUUAGAAGAGUUGCACCUUGAUGACAACUCCAUCUCAACAGUGGGGGUGGAAGAAGGGGCCUUUAGGGAGGCACUAAGCCUCAAACUCCUCUUCCUCACCAAGAACCACUUAAGCAGUGUUCCCAUUGGCCUCCCAGAGGACUUGAAAGAGCUAAGGUUGGAUGAGAAUAGAAUCGCCGUCAUCGCCGAGGAGGCCUUCCAGAAUGUGACACGUCUACAGCGCCUCCUGCUGGACGGGAACCUGCUAACCGAUGAAGGCAUUGCGCCAGGGACAUUCCAGGAACUGGCCAGCCUCCGAGAACUGGCGCUGGCCCGCAACUCACUCACCUUUCCCCCUCCCCUUUUACCUAGCCAGUCACUGGUCAAACUUAGCCUGCAGGAAAACCAGAUUGACCAGAUCCCAGUAGCCGCAUUUGCAGAAUUAAAUCGAAUGGAGAAGUUGGAUAUUUCCAGCAACCAACUUCAGACUCUUACACAGGGUGUAUUUGAUAACCUGUCAAGUUUAAGGCAUCUCAUUGUGCGCAAUAACCCAUGGCGCUGUGACUGUGCAGUGAAAUGGGUGGUGGUGUGGCUCAAGUCAUUGCCAUCCUCCAUAAACGCACGAGGCUUCGUGUGUCAGAGUCCAGACAGAGUCCGUGGAAUGGCAAUCCGUGAGCUCACACUGGAUAUUAUUGAAUGUCCAGUCGACGCUGGCCAACCACCAUGGCCCACCCUUCGCUCUACACCUCCUCCUCCGCCCACCACCACCCCUCUUACCACCAUAAUCUCCACUGUUGUAACCACAUCCAAUCCCGACUACUUUGACUCUCCUUCCCCACCUUUACCCCCAAUCCAUAUCAAUCCUCCCGGCCCCAUGCCUCCUUAUGAGGACCCCCUUCAGAUUUCCUUCCAUGUGGUUAACUCUUCUAAUAUAGAGGUGAGCUGGGCUUCCUAUUUCACUGUCACAGCCUACAAGGUCACUUGGGUUAAACGGGGCCAAAGCCAAAUGAACGAAGGCAUGCAGGAACGGACCGUGAGUGGGGGCCAACGGCAUAUUAGCCUCACUGACCUGGAAGCCAGGUCUGUGUACCGGAUCUGUGUGCACGUGUUGGACACCCAUAACUCUUACAGGCCAGGAGAGGAUACAAUAUGUUCUGAAGCCAGAACCAAGUCAGCCUUGCCAACUAAGUCUCCUGGUUCAGGGCAAACACCGAAGGAGAGUGUCAAUUCCACAUUAUUAAUGGCUGGCAUCAUUGGUGGAGCAGUCCUUAUCGUCUUAGUAACACUGCUUAGCCUAUUUUGUUGGCACAUGCACAGGAAGAGCCGGUCAUCUUCGACCAAGUGGAAAUACAACAGAGGCCGGAGAAAAGACGACUACUGCGAGGCUGGAACCAAGAAGGAUAACUCCAUUCUUGAGAUGACUGAAACCAGUUUCCAAAUUGUGGCGCUGAACAACGAGCAGCUGCUCAAGGGAGAUUUCCGCAUUCAGCCUAUCUACACACCCAAUGGGGGGAUUGGAUUUAGAGACUGUCACCUCAGUAACAACAGUUUAGCCUAUUGCAAGAGCAGCAACGUACCGAGUAUAGAGUUUUGCCACACGUGA